AAAGAAAAUUUCCCAUGAAUGCCGCAUCUAUUUUAAUAGUUUCUUUAAUUUUUAUAAAAUUUCCUACAUUUAUUAGUCUUGUUUUUUCUUAUUUUUGCAGCAGAACCGGUCGCCUAAAGUUAUCUGUAAUAUAUGGCUCCACCAGUGCCUAGAAAGACGUUUGUGCCCCCACGUUCUAUCCGUUUUUACACGCGCCGCCGUCGGGGUGAGAGAGAAACCGUGACCCCGCACGCAAAGUAAGUUGAUGAUGAUGAAUACCACUAAUGCACAUUCAGACACCGAAACGGUUGUUAAAUAAAGAAAAAAAAAAAUUAGUAGUAAAGUUGGUUGAACAGCACAACAAAUUCUAAAACCCUUCCUUUCUUUUUCAAUUUCGUAAACAAGAAUUAGUCAUCCCACCUUAAAAAGGUGGUGGUGGUACCCAACAAACAAAGUCUUUCUUCUUCUCAAAGAUCCCAACACAACACGAACACAGUUCAAACUGAAAAUCCUUCCUGUCUGGGACAAAUCGCAUGAAGAAAACCCCACCCCCACGGGUAAUUGAACAGAGAAUUCUUCGGAAUUAAGGGUCUGGUGGGUAAUAAAUAAACUGAUGCUAGGAACAUGGGAAAGAGAGGGAGUUGGUUUUCUGCAAUCAAGAGGUUUUGUACAUCAUCAAACUCCAAACAGAAGAAGCCAGUGAAUGAGGCUGAGAAGAAAAGUUUGAAGAAACAUGGAGGUGGGAACAGAUCAUUCAUUCCCCUUUUCAGAGAGCCAAGCAGUAUUGAGAAAAUCUUGGGGGAAGUUGACCAACAGAAUUUAUUUAUUGCUCAUCCUCAUCCUCCUACUCUUUCCCAGCAAUCAUCAGAAACACAACCACCUGGAAGGCCUCAAUCUCCUCCUCCUCCUCCAAACCCAAGGGCCACCUCUCCUCCUCCUCCUCCGUCUCCUCCUCGUCCUCCUCCUCCUCCUCCUCCUCCUAGAGUUGCUCAUCAACAAGCAAAAAUUAUUAGCGACAGACCUGAACCAACUCUACAACAACGCCACCUUUCUGCAACAAGGAUCCAGGCUGCUUAUAGAGGUUACAUGGAAAGGAGAAAGCUUAGAGGUUUGACAGGUCUUGUGAGGCUUCAGGGAGUGGUAAGAGGUCAACAUGUGAAACGACAGACAGUCAAUGCCAUGAAACAGAUGCAGCUCUUGGUUAGGCUUCAAACACAGAUUCAGUCACGUAGAAUGCAAACAAUAGAAAAUCAAGCACUCAAAUGCCAAGCACAGAAGGCCUCAGCCUCAGGCUCAGGGGUUGGCAAGAAUCAAUUGGAGAUGGGUGAUGAAGAUUGGGAUGCUAGCUUGAUUACAAAAGAGGAAAGAGAAGCAAGGUUGCACAGAAAAGUGGAGGCAUUGAAUAAGCGAGAAAGAGCCAUGGCAUAUGCAUACUCCCACCAGUUGUGGAAAGCUGCACCAAAAUCAGCACAAAACACUCUAAUGGGAUACCCAUGGUGGUGGAACUGGUUAGACCGUGAACUUCCUUUGAAGAGCCAAUCUGCUGUAGAGAAUCAUCAACUGACCACACCAAGUCCUCAGUCAAGCCUUAGCCGGCAGAAGCAAGCGAUUAGACCAUCAUCAUCAUCAUCAUCACCAUCAAGAAGGUCCAUGGCUCCUUCAAGAACAAGACAACAGAUGAUGAUGAUGACUCCUCCACCAUCAAGAAUGAUGAAAUUUUCCAAACCAAGAGCAAGCGGAGGUUCUCCUUAUCCAGUGAAGGAUGAUGAUAGCUUGAUGAGCUGCCCGCCGUUUUCAGUCCCAAACUACAUGAGUCCUACGCUUUCAGCCAAAGCUAAAGCAAGACCAACAAGUAAUCCUAAAGAUAGGAUGCCGGGCACUCCGGGCAGCGGCUCCAUGUCCGUCUCAUCUCAAAGGAGGUUUUCUUUCCCUGUAACUCCAAGCACCAGAGGAGGAUCCCGUAAGUCUCCAGGGUCUGUUGGGGAUUUCAGUGUGGAUUCUUCAUUUUCAAUUGGGAGGAAACCAUUUAACAGAUUUGUGUGAUUUUUACUUUUUUAUCAUUUCAUUUCUUGUGUUUUAUAUCUAUCUAUAUCUAUAUCUAUAUGUUGUUACUUUUAACACGGGUGUAUGUAUGUACGUAUGUAUUGAUGUGUGGUAAUAAAAAGACACUUCAGUUUGGAAACAUGCUCCUUAAUGUUAUUUGUUUUGGU